AGGGUUCUUCGCGCCUCCACAGGUAUUACCUUCACCGGCGCCACCGAAGCCUGGAAGACUGCGUCCGCGACACACCUACCAAGUACCCACAGAGUUGGCAGGCACGAAGAUCGCACUAGGUAAGUAGACUCUGCCCUGAAUCAAUGUGUCCGAGCACACUCGGUCAUAUUCGCUGACAGCCUCACCACUCAGGUCCGGAUAACUGGGAUGAAUACGUAUACCUCAUGGAACGACUCCAUUACAACGAAAUCAGCGCCCACGAGUUCGACAGUCGCGCUAAAUCCAUCUUCCAGGUUUUCGGUGAGAAGACGCGAAAGAAGCUGAACAACAUUCUGGUAAUGAAGAUGAUACUGCCACGCCUUGCAGAGAUUGAGUUGGAGGGCAGGGGACGAACCACUAAGAGUGUGGAGAACAACUAGGGUGAUUAAGGUUCCGGGACUGCCGAUGACCCCGCACUUUGGGGUAGCUUCAUGGGUAUUACGUGGUGAUG